AUGGAGUCGGUGAAACAGACAGCGAGCAACCUGAUGGGCUCCGGCAACACGACGCAGUCCGGGCAGGAGCCUGUUUCAGGACAGACUGGCGCUGGCACGGUCAACGAGCCGUACGACCAGGGAAACCAGUAUGAUGAUCCCGCCAAAGGUGGAGCAGCCGCCCAAGAAGGUGCGUUCGCCCAAGAACACCGUAGGUCAACCAUCCCUGAGAUACCAAUACCUGAGCCAGAGCUUCACCCGGCCUCCGGAAACCACGGGCCCCAUCCCACUUUCGCCGGAAACAUGCUCGAUCCGAGAACUGGCCCUGCGGCGUACGAGGAGACCUUUGGCCAGGGCGCAGCGCGACUUGAGCCCAAGUCGGACAAGUACGUCGUCGGCGGCGCCUCCACAGGUUAUGGGGGCAUUGAAUACAGCACGACUGGCGAGCCCGAGAGCGGUGCGAGUGCUGUAAGCACUGGAGGCGCCGCGGCUCCCAUCAGUAGCUAUGAGAGCACCACAGCUCCCGUCAGUAGUUACGAGACCACCACUGCUCCUACAGGCGGCUAUGCGAGUACCACGGCUCCUACGGGCGGCUACGAGAGCAGCACCGCUCCUGUGGGUGGCUAUGGAAGCACUGCUCCUACCAGUGGCUAUGAGAGCACUGCCGCUACCACGGGCGGUUACGAAAGCACCGCGGCUCCUGUUGGCGGAUAUGAGAGCAGCACUGCUCCUGUAAGCAGCUACGAAGGCACGACUGAGCGAUCUACGGGCGGAUACGACACGACGGAUCGAUCCAUGAGCGGAAUUGGUCCAACGGAUACAUCCUCGAGCAACCUCGGCACUGCUGAGCGUUCUACGAGCAACAUCGGACCAAGCGGCCGAACGUCCAACUUCCCACCCGGCGGCGAUACCUCCGUCGAGUCUCGGCACAGCGACACCCUCAGCGGCUCGACCACGGCCGGCACAACCGGUGGUGGCAUAGCCACAGGCCAGCCCCGCCCGGAGCAUGAGACCGACAAGACUGGGGUGACCAGCAUGCAUUCGAACGACCCCCACGGGUCCGACGUCAUUCCAACUGAGCGCGACGAGGACCGCAAGAACUACAACGUGGGCGGCUUCGGCGUUGCGGAGCCUUCAGUCGGCGCCGACCCCAUGUCUGCCCAGAAGCCCGACCAGAAGCACCAGGGUGGUGACAGGCCGAUGGAAGAGCCUUCCGGUGAGGAGGCGGCGGCGGUGUCCGGGAAGAAGGACGAAGCCGAGGAGGCUCUCAACAAGAGAGACCCAGACGACCACUCCGGCGAACCAAUGAAGGUGCAUGGUGGCUCCGAGGAGGACGAGCCUGACCGCAGCAAGAGCAUGGGCCAGCCGGGUGGCGGCGAGCACGGCAAGGUGUAUGGCACUGGCGAGAAGUGGGUCAAGACGUCGGGUCUGGCUGCCGAGGGCGGCGACUUCGAUGCUACGAAGCCGGGUGCUGGCAAGGAGGCCACCCGCCUCAUGGAGCAGAAGGGUAUGACGAAGGAUUCUCCAUCCGAUGCACCUUCAACCACGUCGACCACCGACACGGGCGACAGCUCCAGCGGGGGUGGCAUCACCAGCAAGAUCAAGAGCAUGCUCGGCGGUUCUUAG